CCCCUGCACUACACAGUCAUCAUGCACCCCUGGCUUUGUGUGGUGCUGGUUCUGGUGUCCUGGAUCGUGAGUGUCUUGUAUUCCUUGUUACAGAGCUUAAUGUUGUUACGGCUGUCCUUCCGUACACAUACCCAAAUCCCCCACUUUUUCUGUGAAUUUAAUCAGGUGAUCCACCUUGCCUGUUCUGACACCUUUAUUAAUGAUAUUUUCAUGUAUUUGGGAGCCAUAUUCCUGGCUGGUGGUCCCUUCACUGGGAUCGUUUACUCUUACUGUAAGAUAGUUUCCUCCAUACGUAAAAUCUCAUCAGCUCAGGGGAAAUACAAAGCGUUUUCCACCUGUGCCUCUCACCUCUCCGUUGUCUUCUUAUUUUAUUGUACAGUCUUAGGUGUAUACCUUAGUUCUGCUGCGACCCACAGCCCACACUCAAGUGCAGCAGCCUCGGUGAUGUACAAUGUGGUCACCCCCAUACAGGGUUUCAGUCUCCAUCAUCAACUGUCCUGGGAGGAAUUCAAGUCUCCACACACUGUCCUUUCUUCCAGAAAACUCAUCGAGGUGAGUGUAAAGGCCCAGAAGUUACUGCAGGAAAAGGACAGAGAGAAUGGAUACCAUGAAUAUCUCCCGGAGGUCACCUGA